GUCACGCGCUUCUGUUGUUUGUGGUGCGGUAACGAAAAUAUUUUCUGUUUUGGGUUGCUGCAGAAGUGGGGAAGACGUUUUGUGGAGUGAGCUGAUUUGUGUGUAAACGGAGGAUUUUCUUUUUUAUUUUAUUUAUAAUUUAAGCUGCUAGUCCCAGUCAUUUUCCCGCAAUUCAUUUGUUUCGCUAUGUCUGUGAAUACGGAGGAGCUCAGGCACCAAGUGAUGAUUAACCAGUUUGUUUUGACUGCUGGUUGUGCGGCUGAUCAGGCGCAGCAGCUUCUACAGGCGGCCCAUUGGCAAUUUGAGACUGCUUUAAGCACCUUUUUUCAAGAAGCAAAUAUUCCCAAUAGUCACCAUCACCAUCAAAUGCUUUAUGAUGUGUCCUUUCGGAAGGUUGAGAACAUUCCUUAUGUCAUCUAAAGACUUUUUCCUAUGUCUG